AUGGCUGUGGCUGAGAACAAUUCGGAGAAGAUCGAGGCGGCCGAGAGGAAGGUCGAGGCGGCCGAGAGGAAGGUCGAGGCGGCCAAGGAGGAGGUCGAGGCGGCCAAGGAGGAGGUCGAGGCGGCCAAGAGGGAGGUCGAGGCGGCCAAGAAGGAGGUCAACGCGGGUCCAGCGCAGGAAUUGCCGACCCCGACGACUGGGGACGCGCGGGUCAAGCCCCCCGAGCUUAAAGAGUUCAAGGCCAACGAGCUGCUCGACGUCACGGGGUUCGGGAACUUCGUGGCGCCCAACACGACCGCUGACCGACCGCUCUUCCUGCGCCAGCAUCUGCUCAACGUGCACGGCAAAGCAGUGGAGGCUUUGUGGGAGAAGAAGAAGAUUCGCCUGGUGUCACUGGUCGGCUGCCCCGGCACCGGCAAGACGUGGUGCGGGUGGCUGGUGGCCUACACCCUGCAGAAGAAGGGCGUGGAGACGCUGCACCUGACCAUCCGGAACACAGACGUGACCGCCAUCGCCAACUUCAAAUACAAGGUCUGCAUCGUGGACGUGAGCAUGGACAAGCCGGAGCAGGCCCAGGAGAUCUUCAUAGGGGUCCGGCAGCUGAUCGAGCAGGCACGAGAGUUCGAUGGCGUGAAGUUCAUGGGUCUGAUGUCUGGCCACGGCCAGCAGAAUAUUACCGGUAAGCAGUCGAACAUACUGGAUGUCACGCAGAAGCUUGUGCUUUGGAGCUGGACAGAGGGGGAAGUCGCAACGCUACGUGCAAAGAUGGAAGGUCAACACUUGGAGCUUCCACCUGAGGACGCCUACAAGGUGUGUGGAGGAUCCGUGCGGCAUCUCUUCGACCCCAACAAGGACGAGGAACGAAUUCUAGACGCCGUACGAGGGCUGCGCCAAGAGGACAUGGCAAAGUUGUUGGCCCUGGACCUGGGUGUGGACGACGUUGACAAGAAGCACCGUACCGGGCUUCUGUCGUUCUUUCCCAAAACAAGGUCCAACGAAGACGAUAAGCGCUUCGAGGAGGGCGUCAGCGCAGCACAGCCGAUGCCCCGCUCCGACUUCGUCAUCAAGUGCAUCAAGGAGAGCGAGCACGCAGGGUUCGACCAGGUGGCAAAGAUGUACAGGACACUCUCGGACAUCAACCCUGGUGCCGCUGGCACUGCCUUCGAGCUCUUGGUCCACCUGUUCUGGCGGGAGGCUGCCAAACGGAAUGACACGGUCACCCUCACACUUUGCAAGCAAGGCACCAAAGACCAGCGUGUGUCCGUGGAUUGCACCCAUUUCAAGGCAAAGCCUGGCAGCAUCGAAGACUAUGAUGCGGAGGGCAAAGUGUUCGGCGAUGAUCUUGUGGGUUACUUCACCCCGGUCAACCCACGAUAUCCUGUGCUCGACAGCAUUCUCAGGUACAAGUCUGCCGACACGACCGAGGUCGAGGUGCUGGCCAUCCAGAUCAGCAUUGCCGCGCAUCACCCGCAUGGCAAGCUCGAACCCUGGCCGAAGUUGCUGACUGCUAAGGUAGCUGCCAAGCCGCGAUUGGCCUUGUGGGACUUUCCCCCGGCAGGCAAAUCUUGCAAGUGGGAUUCCGACCAUUCUGACGAUUGGGAGCUGCUGCAUGUUAGCUGCCCAGCCUUUGACGAGUGCAUGCAACCCCGCUUGUUUGAGCAAGGGACCUUUGUUUACUGUUUGCUUUCUUGCUCAUGUCACGCGUGGGCUGGCAGGUCGUUCCACGGUGCUUGGACCUCGCUGCAGGCAUUCUUUGUUGCAGCAGUCGUGUGA